CGGGUCAGCGCGUGGCCUCCUCCGGCGUGUCCGAGGCGGCCCAAGCCAUGCUGAGCCACGCCGCGCGAGCGCUCCCUGCGGGGCCUCGGUAGCCCCAUUCGCGGAGCGGGCGCGCAGAACAUCCGCGCCCAUUAUACGGAUGGGCAAACCGAGUCAUCCGGGUGAGGCCGUGAGUGGCGGAACGCGCCGGUCCUGGGGUCAGAAAGACCUGAAUUCAGGUCCAGCCCCAGCCUCUGACUAGCUGUGUGACCCCGGGCCAGCCUCCGAACCGCCCUGUGCCUUGGUUUCCUUGUCUGUAAUAUGGGGGACACACUAAUACUUGCCUCCCUAGCAGUGUGGCCCUGGGUAUUUUCCCUACUUGUGAAAGUAUUAUAACAUAGCAUUCCUUUGUUGUUCUUCCAGAUUCCAUUAAGAAUUACACCAAAUUGAAAAGAUAUGAAUGAACAUCCUAAAAAAAGAAAAAGGAAGACUCUACAUCCUUCUCGUUAUUCAGAUUCUACUGGAAUAACCAAAAUUGCAGAUGGGUUCAAUGGAAUUUUCUCUGAUCAUUGUUACAGCGUCUGUUCUAUGAGACAGCCAGAUUUAAAAUAUUUUGAGAACAAAGAUGAAGAUUCUGAUACAGAGCCAUCGAAUGACUUGCCUAAAUUCACAGAAGGGAUUAAAGCAAGGAGCAGAACUCAGAACCACCUGGUUCCCAGUCCUGUGCUCAGGAUCCUAGAUCAUGCCACCUUUUCUGCAGAGAAAUCUGCAGAUAUUGAAAUCUGUGAGGAAUGUGACUCUCCAGAGUCGGUUCGCCAGCAGCCUCGUGAGGACAGCCCUAUCGAAGUGCGCACAGCUGAAGAUGUGCCCAUUGCUGCCGAGGUGCACGCUGUCUCUGAGGACUACGACGUCGAGACCGAAAACUUGUCCUCAGAGAGCCUUCAGGACCAAGUCGACGAGGAGCCCCCUGCAAAGCUGUGCAAAAUUCUGGACAAGAGCCAAGCUUUGAAUGUCACUGCUCAGCAGAAGUGGCCUUUACUGAGAGCGAAUAGCAGCGGCCUCUACAAGUGUGAGCUGUGUGAAUUCAACAGCAAGUACUUCUCUGACUUAAAGCAGCAUGUGGUCCUCAAGCACAAACGCACCGAUGCCAACGUCUGCAGGGUCUGCAAAGAGUCCUUCUCAACCAACAUGCUUCUGCUCGAGCAUGCCAAACUGCACGAGGAAGAUCCCUACCUGUGUAAAUACUGCGAUUACCGAAGCGUUCUCCUGGAGAGCCUGAGCCAGCACAUCGCCGACGCCCACUUCAGCGACCACCUGUACUGGUGCGAGCAGUGUGACCUGCAGUUCUCUUCCAGCAGCGAGCUCUACCUGCACUUCCAGGAGCACAGCUGUGAUGAGCAGUACCUGUGCCAGUUCUGUGAGCAUGAGACCAAUGACCCUGAGGACCUGCACAGCCACGUGGUCAACGAGCACGCCUGCAGACUGAUGGAGCUGAGUGACAAGGAGAGCGGCGCUGGCGAGCACGGCCACUACAGCCUGCUGGGCAGGAUCACCUUCGACAAGUGCAAGAACUUCUUCGUCUGUCAGGUGUGUGGCUUUCGAAGUCGACUGCAUACCAAUGUUAACAGGCACGUGGCCAUUGAGCACACAAAAAUUUUCCCCCAUGUUUGUGAUGACUGUGGGAAGGGGUUCUCAAGCAUGUUAGAAUACUGCAAACAUCUAAAUUCACAUUUGUCUGAGGGGAUUUAUUUAUGUCAAUACUGUGAAUAUUCAACGGGACAGAUUGAAGAUCUUAAAACUCAUCUGGAUUUUAGGCAUGCAGCUGACUUGCCUCAUAAAUGUAAUGACUGCUUAAUGAGGUUUGGGAAUGAGAGGGAACUUUUAAGUCACCUUACAAUCCAUGAGACAGCUUGAUUGUUUUUUAUCUUAAUUUGCAGAGUCUUGGUGUAAAGUAAUAAAUUCAUCUUUUAUUAGAGAGUCUACAGUUGAUGGUUUUUAAUAAUGAUACCGAUGAGGGUUAUAGGCAGCCUUAUUUAUUUAUUUAUUUAUUCGUGUUGGCAUUGAGGGUUUUUUCUGGCUUUAGUGUGUAGACUUUUCAGCCUGUGAGGGCAUCUUAAAUGUGCUGCUGUUGGUUUUGUCCUCUGAGAUUCUGGGUUGCCUGCCAAUGCCCUGUGCUCUUAGGUAUCAAGGAGAGAGGCAGGAAAUGGGAGGCUUGGGGUGAGAAGAUAAAUAAGCUAUUAUUAUCCUUUAAUAACUUUGACUGCUCAGACUUUGUGAAAAUACAAAAGUAAACAUAGUUGUUCAGUUAUCAGGCAUUUCUAUUGUAAGAAGUCAUCCAAGUACCUAAGUACAAGAGGGGAAGUCAGGAUAGAGGUGUUCUGUGUAUGUGUGUGUGUGUGUGUGUGUGUGAGAGAGAGAGAGAGAGAGAGAGAGCACGCAUACAUGUGCUCACUUCUAUGUGUACUUGUGUGUAUGUAUGUACAUACAUACCCGUGUAUAUAAUUAAGCUAUUUCUGGGAUGAGGACCCAGACCUUCUAUAUACUCUCCCCUUUAGCCAUCCUUCCCAAGGCAUUCAGGCAUCCCUUCUAUCUAAAUCUAAAAUUAUAGAAAUGCUCUUAGCUGUGGUGGUUAAAAAAUUAUUCUCUUUACUUGGUAGUUUCUUUAAAAAAAUAUAAAAUCACAUCCUUCUGUCUCAUUCCCCCAGGCUAAAUUAGUUUUGAAAAGUUGGUAUAAGAUAAAGGGCAAGUUUUUUUGUUUUGUUUUUGUUUAGUUGGGGGGGGGGUGUUUGUUCGUUUGUUUUGGUCCUGACUUUGAAUUUCAACGGGAUAGAAAACAGUGUGGAAAACUUUAAGCAGUACCAAGUGAUACACUAAAACCCUAGAAUAUUGUAAGUGUAACACUACCUAAUGUGAAAUGAAGAAAGUUUCAAAAAAGAUAUUGCAAAUGUACUUAAUCGGAGCUCGUAAAUAUUUGGCUGAGUGAUGAGUAAACAAAACGAAUGUAUUUUGUGGUCUUCCGGUUCGACAUUGUUGCAGUUCACACAGCCUGUAGUUUUUCCACACCAUGGUUGACUCUUGGCUGUCAAAGUCUUUCGCAGUCCAACUCCAUUUCUCGUCAGUUUCCACCUUGGUAAUGUGUCUUCUGGUUUCAUCAUAUUUGGUACGCCUAUUUACCCACCUCCAAUUGCAAAAUCCCAAUAUCCCAGUGGCUUGUUAGGAUCAGGGACUUGGUAUUUCAGAAUGUCAGAGUUAAAUCCCUACCUUGGAGAGCAUUGAACCGAGCCUCUUCAUGCUGUAUUUCUUAGCCCAAGAAAAGUAAAGUGAUUUACUCAGUUACACAGCAACUAAAUGGCAAGAUCUGGCCUAGUAUCUGGGUUUCUUGAUGUUUUGCUCCUCCCGCCUAAUUUUUCAUCAGUUUUGGUACCGUGGCUUCAUCCAUCCACCAUGCAUGUCCAGCCCAAUGGAACUGAGCUGUAGGAGCAGAGCUUUAAAAAUGGUCAUGAUAAUUAAUGCUUCGUAUUUUUGCAUAGUGCAUUUUGGCCACAGACUAUGACUGUUGGUGAUCAAGGACUUGACACUGAAUAAGUGAGGAUUAGCUAGGUGAGCCCAAUGGAAAAGUCCUAAGAAGUAUGAGUAAAUCUGUCUUACACACUUUCUGAUGAGCCUAGAAUUGAGGUUGGGUCCUCACUGGCAUUCUUGGCAUUGUCCCAGUUUUCCAUUGAAUAGUCAAUCUUUAUCUGACAGUAAACUGCUGACAUAGUCUAAGAUGCAUCAGUUGCUUUCAGGUCUGUAGUGUUCACUUAGUGAAAACAUUUGGAAAACCAUACUUCUUUUCAUUUUCCCCCUAAAUACAGACCUAAUUUUUACUAUGUCACUUGUUCCUUGGCCAUGUUUAUGUUCCAGGGACACGUGGUUGAUCAUGCUUUAUGGAAGUCAAUACAAAAGAAUUCUAACUGGAAUCUUGGCAGCAGAGGAGAGCAAUAUGAUGUGCCUGCCUAAAGAGAACUUGGCUUAGCGUUCUCACUCUCCCUUUUCCACAAUGAAAUAGUUGGAUUUUUUUGAAGAGACAUGAUUUUUUAAAUUACGAGGGACUUCUCUGCUCUGUGACUUGAGGAAAAGCCCUUCAUGGGCCAGUUUUUAAGUUAGCCAGGUAGGUUGUUAGGUCUCAGUUGUGACUAUUGUUGAUGGCUGAAUCACUAAAUCCUGGUGAGUUUCUUCAUUCUCGUUGGCUUUUUUCAGAAGUUGCUUUAAUAAUGUAGGUAGUAGAUUAUAGGCAUAUCAACAUACUUUUUUUUAAGCACCACACAAAAAUAUAAUACAAAAAAUAGUCUUACUAAACCACACAUUUCUUCAUCUUAGCAGUCUAUCUUCAGUCAUGUGAUAAAAUAUGAUAAGGGGCUUGAUGUGUCUAUUUUGUAUCAGCCUUCCAUGAGAUUCUCUCUUGGUUACUGAAGAGUUUGCGAAGUAUGUUUCACAUUUGGGUACAACAGUAGCUUCUGUCUACUAUUUAUUCACCCUGAACUGCUACUAUUAAUGAAAAAAGUCUGAUUCUUGUACCUCCAAGACAUUAGUGAUAUGUAAAUUAUGUAUACUUUUUUAAAAAAGUAAUAGAAAAUAUCUUUGGAAGUCAAAAUUAGAUUCUAGACACAGACAAGACUGAUCAUGGUCUUAUUUUCUGAUUGUUGCCAAGUUUAACAAUCUAAGAGUAUUUGCUGUGUCAGUAUUUACCUCCGGUUAUAUUCCUGCACCCUCCAUGCCCCCUCCCCUGCACUAAAUGUCCAUGUCCAUCCCCAAUAAUUAUCUGAAAUAUAGAAAUGAAACUAGACUUAACAGUUUUAAAUUUUCUCACUGUUAGCUCUUAAUUUCAGUUCCAGUGAAGGAACCUCUUGAGAAUUAUAAGAGUGUGAAUUAUAGGGGUGAAAAUUAAAUACAUUUUCAUAACUUUUGUAUUUUAAAAUUCUGCCUCACCUUUACUUACAUUUCAUGUAAAAUUUUUUAUACUACCAUAGUUUGCUGUUUGAACAACUCUUGAUCCAAGAGUAAGAGAAAUAAAGAAAGUGCAUCAUGGUAAUUACAAGAGCAGAAAUGGCAGCCAAAAAGUUUGUAAAUUUUCUAUUGUGUUGAAUGUAUUUAUUAAACAGGAAAUUUUUAUAUAAAUCCAUAUUUAAAGUAUUUAUACUGUGAUAUUGUCUCAUUAAUAUAAAGUUACAAAAUGAACAUGUGCUCAUAAUACUUAAUGUUUGAAAAAAAUUGAUUUUAUUCUUUUAUUCAUUGAGUCUGGGGGUAUGAUUUUCUCUAUCUCAAUGAUCCUCCGUUGGGUAUAAAGGAAUUUUCUGAAUAGUGAAUUCCAACAUGGAAAUACCAUGAACUAUUUUUGAUGAUGACAUCCUCUUCUGAAAACUACUAUUAAUAUAAAACUACUGGAAGCCUGAAUAGAAUGGAAACAACAAUACUUUUUUAAAAAUUUCCUCUGAAGUAUAAAAAUAGGAAUUAUGUAAAAUAUUUAAAUGCUAAUUGUGAUAUUUAAAUUACAGCUGUAAUUGAUGAUUAGAAACUUUUUAAAGUUUGUCUCAGCAUACUAAGAUUGUAUAAUUUUAAAAUAAAAUACUCUUACCCCCAAAUAAAUCACAGAACCCAAAGCAACCACUGUGAAUUAAGAAAAUAAAUCUUUUGAACAAUGACUGUUAACUAAGUGUAUCAGAAUAUAAUCAUCUCAUUUAUAAUUUGAAAAAUAAGCACCAAUGAUUUCUAAAGGGAAUUUUCAACAUAAUAAGCUGUUACAAAGUAAUGAAAAGAGGCAAAUGGUUUCAAGCUAUCAUGGUGUGGGUAGAGCAAGAAGACUUGAGAGCCUGGCUGUUACUUGCCCCCCUGUGAUUCUGAGCAAUUCCACCUUUUUAAGCCUCAGGUAUCUUUGUAAGAUGAUAGAGAUUAGAUGAUCUGUAAGGCCCCCACAGCUUGCCUCUUCCUAUGACCUGAUAAUCUUUGUGAGACUCAGAUUCAGAUGAAAAAGACCUCAUAUCAUGAUGAAGUGUAGUGUAAAAGAGCUAGUUGUCUAUUUUAAUGAAUGUCAUUCAGAAUCCAGUUACUCCUGAUCUUCAUUGUUCAAACCAGUUGGUAUCAACCAGUAAAAACAAUUUCUGUAAAAUAUUCUUUGCAUUUCUUCCUAUUCUUGGAUUUAGAAUGCUGAUGAGUAGAGUAGUUAGAAUCACCUUGAGCAAGCCUGAUUUUGUGACUGGUCAUUUUAACCAUGUGCUUCACAAAGCCCUUUAUCAGGUUUCCUGGGCCUGUUUAGCCUACUUGUCCAGUCCUCUUUCCAUGGCUUUCCCAUGUACUUUGUUCAGUUUUAUUUAUUCACUACCCUGUUGUCCGUCCCAUUCCUCAUUUUGCCAGACUGUAACCUACACCUUAACAUCUUAUGACUUUCAACUCUAGCUCUCUGCCAACCACCUUAAGAAUUUCAGAAAUUUUCCAGAAAGCCAAAAGCAUUUUCUAAUGACUAGUUGUCAUUUUUGAAUUUUGAAAUGUUUUAAAAGCUGAUUCCUCCUUCCAUUUUCUGAACCUCAUUCACUUUGUACCCUAUACCAUGCCAAAGACACUUGACUUGUAUAUUAUGUAAAUGCAUACAGUAUUACACAUGUGUGUAUAUAAAUAUACAAUGCCUGUACAGUUUUGCCCUGCCAUGUUUGGAUAUGUCAAAUGUGUUUAUUUUAGCUUGUGAAUAGUGGGCUAGUUUGUUAAGUAGACAAAAGAUUACCAUACAAGUCUUAAUAAAUACUUUUAAAUGA